AUGAGUAACGUUCAUACGGUGACCUCUCUAGUGUGUUUCCAUCCGGACUCUCCGGCUGCGGGUCAGCGCUGGAUGGACGGGCCUGUGUCCUUCUACAAGAUGAAGCUGUCGCUCAGCUCUGAGGAUCCAGACGCCGCUGUGGUUCUGCGGCCCAUGCACCGCUAUCAGCCGCGGCUCUACGUGGUUCCCGUGAGCUCCUGUCCCGAGCCAGACGUCCACGUCUUCACCUUCCCUAAAACAGCGUUCUAUGCGGUGACCAGCUACCAGAACCCACUGAUAACCCGGCUCAAGAUCGACUGCAACCCCUUCAUGCUGGCGUUCAGAGAGGACGGGCCGAGCGCUCGCCUCAUCCAGAACAAACUCAAGCUGGCUCUGAGCGAGAAACACCGCAGCUCGACACACACACAUCCAGUGUCCAGUGAAGAGGGACGGAUGAGUGACGAGACGCUCGUUAGAGACCCAUCAGCUGAGCCUGUGGCCUCGUUAGCUCCUGCAUCUGCUGAUGAGGUGUCUCUGCGAUCGUCUCAGAGCUCAGAGCCGCACAGAUCUGGGAUCAGCUGCGGAGUGAAGCGUGUUUACCGCAGGGGCUGGAGGAGUGGCGCGAGGAAAGCCAAGGCUAAAUGGUGGACUAACGUGAAGCACAGAUCUGCUGCGGUCAGCACCGCGUCCAUGCAGCCUGACCUGGAGCACGUGGACGGCGUGCUGUUUGUGUCCUUCACUGCCAAGGAGGCGCUGGACGUUCAUGUUGGAAACAUGAGGAGAUCUGUGGAGACAUCUGCUUCAUCACACUCGCAGACUGGAGCGGAGAAGCCAGCGCGUGAUGCAGACUGGAUCUGUGAGCAGGAGCUGGUCUUACUGCAGCAGCUCCAGCAGCUGAAGAACCGGCAGAUCAUUCAUCCUGUGCUUCAACAAGUUGGGCUGAAGCUGAAUCUUCUGGAUCCAGCGGCACCCAUAGACCUGCAUUAUCUGGGUGUUGCUCUACCUUUGCCUUCACCUGUCCUCACAUCAUCCUCCCACGCCGCUUUAGUUUCGCGCACUGGGAAGAUGAGCGAUCUGACCAGGAUCAAAGGCUGGAUGGAGAAGUUCAGUUCAAAGAGCUCAGCCGACAGCACGGCCGGUCACUCGGCGUUCUCCUCGGUCCUGCUGGACGAGUAUCUGGAGGCUGAAGGCCAGCGGAUCAGCGAACGCGCCGCCGUGUUUUCCUCCAGCGCUCCGUCUCCGGUGCUCUAUCAGCUGCCCGUCAAGAGCAGCAGCUACGUGAGGACCCUAGAUAGUGUGCUCCAGACGCGCAGCUCUGCCCCCUCUGGACUCCGUGACAAGCGCACUAAAGCGUGGCGAUCCAGACGAGGUGUUAGAGCGGCUCCGGAAGCAGUGCGCUCUUCCUCGGCCAGACUCCGGUGGAAGCGCAGCGUCUCUGAAGAUCCUCCUCAGCGUCCUGCAGCGUCCAGCGGAGCUCCCUCCAGACGCAGGAGAAGGUACCGGCGGCGGAGGCGGACGCUGAGGUUCAACAGAGACGCCGUGGACGGAGCACAGGCCUCUGCAUUCGCUCAGAAGCACUCGGAGCUGCUGGCUCAGGAGCAGCAGGCCGUCUCUCUCGGACAGAGUCCCACUCGCAUCAGCGCUGAGAGAGCCGGCUUCGCUCUGAGCUCACUGCUGACCGCAGAGAAGGCGGUGAAGACGAAGCAGCAGGACAGGGAAGGUGUGUGUGGUAAAGACUUCUGCCGGCUGGGCUGCGUCUGUGAAAGUCUGAACAGAGAAGCACGAGGAUCCACUCACUGCAGACGUGUGCAGUGCAUGUUCAGCUGCGGCUGCUUCAAGCACAAGAUCCUCCUCGUGCGCUCCGAGCACAGCGCCGGGAGCCUGGUGGCCUUCCCCGUCGCUGGCCCCGGAUCAGACGGCAGGCCGGAGCCAGCGCUCAGAAUCAGCAGCCUGUGGAGGAGGAGAGCCGGAGAGAACGACCCCGAGCCGCUGUUCACUCCCAGAGCCAGCGGAGCGCCGAGACGAGCGCCGCACCAUCAUGCUCCCGCGCCGUGGCCCUGUCCUCAGGUGCAGGAGACGGAGAAGGAUCCGGUUUACUUGUACCUCGAGAGCAUGAUGACGUGUGCUCGUGUGCGAGAAUACAACAGCAACCCUCCACCGCAGGUGCACUUACUGCCGGCGAAAAGAAGCGUAGCAGCACCUGAUGAAGCGAUCAAUGCCGUGUCUCAGCUGGGUCUCGCUUCGUCUCAGAAUCCAGGCGAGAGCUGUGAGGCGGGAGAGCCGGAGCCCACUAAAGUGCUGGAAAUCAUCUCGGGGUGUAACUGGGAAACCCAUCGGUCCCUGGUGCUCAAGGAACUCUUCCGCUGCAUCGACAUGAACCACCUCGCUUCGGUUUUCUACAUCGACAUCUACAAAGUGGAGCUACUCUCCAGAGAUCUGAAGAAAGACGAGAGCGGAUCCACGUUGAUUUACAAGGUCUGCGUGUCCCUCGGCCAGACGCCAGAAAAGACUUGUGAGCCGAGGAAGAGUGUGAAGAAACGAGACGAUGCGUCACAUCUGAGGAGCUCUUCCUCUCAGAAAGUCAACAGACUGAAUGUUAAAGAGAACCUGCACAUCAUACAGACAAACGCACCUGAUGAGAAACAGGCGAAGCACUUUCCUCUUCUCUCUCGUGUCGUUCCCGCUGGUCUUCUGAAGGCUGACAAGAAGACGCUAGUGCGCUCCGGAUCGAUAAAGGUCAAUGGAAAAACGUACGCUCAGGCGAAACUGAUCCUGGGCCGGAUGGGAGCGCUGCAUCCAGCCAAUCGUCUGGCAGCGUACGUCACUGGCAGAAUAAAACCACUGCCUCAAAACAUGAGCCGAUCGCUUUCCAAAACACUCCAGGUCAGGACGCUCAGAGAGACGAGGGGUGCAAACUCUGCCCCAGCGACUGAUCCUUCAAAACACACAGUGAGCCAAGCUCAUUCAUUCAAAAUGCCCAUUACCCGAUCUCCGGUGAUGCCCUGGGCUCCUAAUGGCAUCAGAUGUAUUCCUGCAGCUUUGAACCCCACAUCAUCACGUAACCCUGGGCGUGGCUCAAACACUGUAGCCCCGCCCCUCUCCGGCGCCUCAAACACUGUAGCCCCGCCCCUCUCCGGCGCUGAGACGGUUCUCCCGGCUUCUGCUCUUCCGCCGGGGCAGCAGGUGGUUCUGCAGCCGGUCGCAGGUAUGACGGGGGUGAACAUGUGUCAGUUUAACGGCCAGAUGAUCCAGCUGGUGCCCAUCCCUGCAGCGUUACCUGUGCAGGUGCAGACCGGCGCUGGCGGAACAGGUUAG